GAAAAUUCAACGCCCAUGGCAAAUAAUUUUUAAAAACUCUGUUGCAAAAAUGUUGGGAACAUGGCCCCCAGGCCCUUUCAUCAGAGGCCCUGAUAACUGCGACAUUAAGGGAAUUUUCUUCGGCAACAUCCUAAGUGAAAAACUCUUUUGGGAAGAAAAUUCCAAUUGAAGAAUAGUCGUCAUCUCUACUUUAUGACACCACAGGAAGCUGCCACUUCUUUUAUGAAAUUGUCAGAGCAAUGAUGCAAAGUAUAUGAUGAGUGGCGGCCGCACGACCGGUGUGAUACUAAAAUCUGCGUGGCAAUCAUGAGUGCGGUUAUAUGAAUUUAAGAUCAGGUGUAAUGACGUCAUACUAAUAUGGUCAUAAUAUAUCAUUUCCUGAAAUUUUGAUAAUGUAUUCUGAAAAAACAAGGAAAAAUUUAUCACCCACAAUGAAAGAUUUGGAAAAAGCUCUAUCGCUUUGUAAAUCAAUAAAUCUACAAGCACGAUUACAACAACAAGAGUGUGAUCGAACGACAACAAAAUAAACAUUAAAAGUAAGAUUCGGUGAGAUCAAUAUGACAUCCAGAAAAGUUGUUAACCUUCCUCCAGACACAAACAUCCCAGAAGGCAAACCUUCCUCACAAAACAAUAGAGAGUUGGCGUGGCUGGGGUGUGUCAUAGGAGCUUCUUUUGUUUUUCGUGGACCCUCCUCCGGUCAGUGGCCGUGCCACCGUAAUGUUUUCCUGUCUCUGGUUUGCAAUGGAUAUAAAGUCCGCGGAAUAGUUUCAUUGUUGCAUGAUUUCACAACUCAGGUAUUGUCGACGUAAAUUUGUUUACACUCGUUAGAAUUUUUCCGGCAUAGUGUAAACAGAGCUCAGAUGGAGCUCGUUACAUCUUUCUGUAAUUGUAGCCACUUCCUUGAAAGAAAAUAUCUGUCGUGCUGAGAGCAUGGCCAAAGGCUGGCUGAAAGACACUGACACAGAAUAGGACAAAGAGGUCUCUGGCAAUGAGGUGAAUUCACCUCAUUGGUCUCUUGAUGCGAAGGGCCGCGGCUUGUGCCCGCUGCCGUCAACAAUCAACAGUAUUUACCCAGGUUUCAUUCUCAUAGCGUGAGUAGUUCACUCACGUGUAUCUGACGAUUGAAGUAAGAGAACAUGUCAGCUAAGAAAGCAUCGUAUAAUUUGAGAGGCGAUGAAGACGAUACAGACGAGAUAACAUCUGCUAAGAAACUAGCUCAAAAAAAGAUUUCGGAGAGUCGAAUUGGAGAUGUGGAAUUGAAAGAUUUAAGUAACGGAGAAAAGGGUCAUGAAGAGACAGUUGUUAACGUACCUGAUAAUGGGAAUGAAGAAGCACCAGCACAUGCCUCUGGCAUCUGUGCACCUUUGGAUAAAUAUCUAUCACUAGUGGAGAAUGCAUGCAAAUCAGUCUAUGAGCAAAACACAUCAACUGUCAAGUUCAUAUUUUUCACAUUCCUUUUUUGUCUGACUGUUGCAUAUGUCCUGGCUGCUUGCAUAAAGAACUUUGAUAAAGCAGUGGACUUGUUUGCUGUGGCUGUUUUUGCCUUGUUCUGUGUUAUAUACACCUUUGUUAAAAAAUAUUUUGGACACUGGAUUUCAAAGAACAUCUUCGAUCCUAUCAUCAGAUUUGUGGAACAUAGAUGGAUGUUUUUCAAAUGGGGCAGUUUGUUGGUAUUUGCAAUUCUGCUGGUUCUUUGGAUAGCACUGGACACUGUGAAAGUUCCAAGUCGUUUAGUUUCCUUUGUUGGUCUGAUAGUGUACAUCAUUUUGGGCUUCCUAUUUUCCAAGCACCGUGCACGGGUGAUAUGGAGACCGGUUAUUUGGGGAUUCGGUCUUCAGUUUGUGUUCGGACUACUGAUUUUGCGAACCGAACCGGGCCGAGUAUUCUUCAAAUGGCUUGGCGACCGUGUCUCGAUCUUCCUUCAGUUCUCUGAUGCUGGUGCAAAAUUCAUCUUCGGGGAUCUCUUCAUGAAUCAUUUCUUUGCAUUUAAAGUGCUCCCGGUCGUUGUGUAUUUCAGUGCCUUUGUCUACAUGAUAUACUAUUUAGGUAUCAUGCAGGUUGUUAUUAAAAAGAUUGCCUGGGUCAUGCAGAUUUCAAUGGGAACCUCAGCAGCUGAAUCCCUUAAUGCUGCUGGAAACAUUUUUAUCGGGCAGACUGAAGCGCCACUCCUGAUUCGACCAUUUCUGCCUGACCUAACGAAGUCAGAAAUGCACGCAGUGAUGACUGGUGGUUUUGCGACUAUCGCCGGAAGCGUCCUUGGUGCUUACAUCGCGUACGGGGUUUCAGCAUCGCAUCUCUUGUCGGCAUCAGUCAUGUCUGCCCCUGCUGCAUUAGCAAUUUCAAAACUGAUGUACCCGGAGACAAAGGUGCCGAAGACAAAGAAUGUAGACGACAUUCAUAUUGAAAAGGGGAAGGAGAAGAACUUUAUUGAGGCCCUCGCUGCUGGAGCAUCAAUGUCUAUUUUGUUGGUUGCCAACAUCGCUGUUAUGCUUAUUGCCUUUUUGGCAAUGAAAGAAUUUCUCAAUGCAAUUUUAUGCUGGCUAGGAGGAAUGUUUGGCAAAUGUGUCACAUUUGAGUUGAUUUGUUCAUAUGUCUUCAUGCCCUUUGCAUACGUCAUGGGCGUUGCAUGGGAUGACUGCUUUGUGGUAGCUGAAUUGUUGGGAAUCAAGACAUUUGUCAACGAAUUCGUAGCAUAUGAAAAGUUAUCUGAAUUAAUAAAGAAUCGAAGACAAAAUCUAUCGGGAACGAAAUUAUCGCUACGUUCAGAAAUCAUAGCCACUUAUGCGCUGUGUGGUUUUGCAAAUAUUGGCUCGAUUGGCGUGCAGAUUGGGGGACUCAGUGCUCUCGCUCCACAACGAAGAUCUGAUCUGGCAAGUGUAGCGGUUCGUGCCAUGAUCGCAGGAACCAUAGCCUGCUUCAUGACAGCAUGCAUUGCAGGUAUUUUGUAUCAAGAUGGGUACGAUGACAGUACCAUCCCGGUUCUAACGACGAUUCUCACGCCAAGAAAUUUCACAAACUUCACCACUGCCAGGCCGUGAAUCAUUUCCAUUCAAUGAGAAAUUUUUAAAGAGAGUGCCAACAAUGAAUUUAUUGGUUCGUAUAUUGCCGCAUUUAUGCCAAUUUUUUUUAUUGAUACCGUCAUUGUGCUGUGCCGAAGGCUUAUAAGUAAUAGCAUUUCUGCAGUCACAUUUUUGAUGAUCGUAUUACGUAUUACGAUAGUGUUGAUAUUUUGAUAUGAUUUUAUUGAUCUUACAUUUCUGUAUAUGAUGCAUCUAUGAUUAAUUGUUCUCAAUAUGGUUAAGUAUCGAAUUUUAUCGGGAAGUAAGUUUCAGCUUGCUAUACUCUAUACUGCAGUUAAGCCUUGUUUUAUAUUACAUGUAAAUAUAGCAUUUCGUUUUUAGAUUCUAUGUAUAGUAGUUAUAAUGCAAGUGAACAGUUUUUGUAAUUAUGUGGCAGGUCCCUCUUUCUUGCUGUUUAGGAAACUCUUUAUCUGAAACUCAGUACUUGUGCUGCUGAGCAGGCAAUAAAGGCCCCGUCUACACGACUACGUUUUCAAAAAAUUGCAUUUUCACUUUGAUGAAGACGGAUAAAAGGAUUUCCGUCUACACGCACGUUUUCACAUUGUCCAUGCCGUCUACAUGAAAACGCAAGAAUCUGCGCAGGCGCAUGUUUUUGCUGAGUUUUUGUUGAAUCGUUUGGAAACGAUGCGUUUUGAAAAAGUUGCGUUUUCAAACAAUUCCACUCUGGAAAGCGUUUUCAAAAAUUUGCGUUCACAUUCACAGAUUUUUCGUUUUCAUGUAGACAGUAAGCUAAAACGCAAAAAUAAAGUUGCGUUUUCAUUUUAAAACGUGCUCGUGUAGACGGGGCCUAAGCAUUGCCGAAUCGGCAGUCCGGGAGGGGGUACUUCCUUUAUGGCCUAACAGGGGGUCCAGUCAGGAUCCAAGAGGACCAAAGCUAAAAUGCUAAAAAUUACCCUCAAAUGAUAGCAUAAGGGUGAAAAUUAUGUCCUUGGUAGCAUCCAUUUCUUUGUACGCGCCUGGACCUUCUUUGAAAAACUUUCUUCGUCAUUGACUGUUGUUAAUUCGGGAAAGAUAAAAACUUGUUCAUUGUCUAUAAUAAAUCGCAAGCUAAACUAAGCCGUUAAGUUAUUAUCGAAACUGGGCCAUUUGGUAGCCAUUUGGUAUAACACUCAAAUCGACUGGACCACCCUGCCAGGCCUUCACGGGAGUACCCCCCUUGGAUCGGCAGUGGAUCGAAUUCUGGUGCUCCAUUGUUUUUACCAAGCGCCCCAAGGUCUUGACAGCUAGUUAAAUUUGAUUCUCUACUACUGAUUUGACGAACAACAUCAAAACUUAAAAUUGGCUUUAAAUAACUGCAAAUUUCAGAAAUCAUGUGUAAUGAGACUUGGAUGGUUUUUGGUGGAAAUAAAAUAUCUCUUAAAUGUUGGAUUGUAUAUGCAUAGUUUUUUUGCGAUGAAGCUGUGAAUUGAAGCCUAAUUUCUGUCGAGAUGACUGGCCUGGGCACUCAUUAAAAUAGUUUCUGAAUGUUUGUCUUAGGUCCCAGGCAAGAACUUUAUUUCCAUAAGAAAGCAGAUCAAAAUGUUUCAUUUUUAGGCCUCGCGUUAACCUUGCUUGUCAAUGAAAACGGAUGAUUUUGAAAAUGCACUUUGAAAAUUUUAGCAAAAUAAAAACGGAGCAAAACGAAUACGAAUUUAUGUGAACGUAUUUUUAGAGGAGAGGAAAAAAGCACCCACUGUCGUUUAAAUUGUCCCUGUCUCCUUCUUUGGCCUGCGCCAUGUGUCCAGGCCAUGUUCGCCGUGUCCCGUUUAGGUAUAAAUGACGAAGUCGUUUAGCGGCUCUAUAUAUUUUGAUGAUUAAAAUUGCUUACAUUCUCAAUUAUUCAAUUGCUUCGUUAUUACUAUGAUUCACCAGGUUAGCCAAUAUUUAUGAUCUAUUUAAUUGAUAGCUAUUGUAUUUUAAUGAUUAGAUUUUCGUAAACAUUGACUUUUAUUCUUUUACGAAAGAAAAUUUCUA